AUGUUCCAGUGCAAUUUGGUACGUUUUUGGCUUGUAAAUCAAGCCUUUUUGAUUUGAUAGCUCAUUGAAAAAAAAAGAAAGUUUUUUUCUUUUUUUGAAAGAGUUGUUUUUCUCUAAUACUAGUCCAUACUUUUUUUACAAUGAUUCACGAAAAUCGAAAAAUUAAAAAAACUUUUAUGUUCUAGAAAAAAAUCCAAUAGGAACUAUUGUAAUUAUUUAAAAAAAUUUUUUUUUCAUCACUUUCUAAAAAAAUAAAUUUUUUUCUAGAUCAAAGUUUAUUCAGAAAAAAAUCAAACUUCAAAUAAAAAAAUUUAGCCGUUUUUGGGAGCUUGUGCGCUCUGACGCUAAUUUUUUUAUUUCUUCACGAUAAUUUAGAAUUUAAUCAUUGGUUUUUUUCACCUUUCAAAGUGCCUUUUAAAAAAAUCCUUCUUCGAAAGAAACUUCAGCCGCAUUUAUUUGGAAGCUUGUGCGCUCUAACGCUAAUUUACCUUUUUUUCGAUCAAUUUAGGUAUACAAAUUUGAUUAAUUAUCGUUUGAAGUUCAUUCAAAAAAAUCAAACUUCAAAUGAAAAUAUAGCCGAAUUUAUUAGAAGCUUGUGCGCUCCAAUGCUAAUUUUUUUUUUUUUCCAUUAAUUUAGAGAUUGAUCAUUGGUUUUCCACUGUUUGAAGUUUGUUCAAAUAAUCGUAACUAGAAUAAAAAUUUAGCCCCUUCUUCAAAAUAUCGUACUUCAAAUUAAAAAAUAGCCGCGUUGCAUCAGACGCUUAUGCGCUCUAACGCUAAUUUUUCACAAUUUUUUUUUCUAUAACUCGUUUCAUUGAUUUUAAAAAUUCGAAAACGAUGUAUGGACUUCAGAAAAACAUUCGAAUCAUCCGAUGGAUAAAAAUCAACGAAAUGGGGCUAUAUUAAGUAUAUAAAACUUGAAAAAAAUGUCCGAACUCUGAAACUUUACAAUAAAAGGGCCACAACAACGUGGUACAAUCGCCCUUUAAAAUCUGGCCCCCAAAACUUUCCAAAAAAUUUUUCAUUUUUCUCGUCUUCCAACAUCAAAAAUAGUCUCUGAAAUGCUGUAUUUUCACGAAAUGGACUACCUUGUGAGUUGAAAAAAAUUUUUCAUGGUUUAUUUUAUGGGGUUUUUUUAAUGAGAACAUUAUUUUUUUGAAACUGGUUCAGUUCAUUUUCUACUCUUUUUAUUUCUUAAUAGGGGUUUCAAAAAAACAUUUCAAGUUUAUUAAAAAAAUAACUUUUUUUCACCUCUAUUUCGAAACUAAACAAAUUAUAAGUUGUUAAGCUGAAAAAUUUCAAAAAUGUUAAGCUUAUUUUUCAAGUAUUUUUGGUUUCCAUUCUAUACCGAUCAGGUGGAAAACGAGUUUCUGAAAGUGAAAAAAGAGCGCUUUUGUAUACUUCUAUCGUUGCGCUUGCCGAAGGAAAUAUCAAACUUGGCCACCAUAAAGACUCGCCAAGGACUACUUGGAGAGGACACUAAAGUGGUCACUAAAUUCACCUCUAUAGUGGCCCCUAUUUUCCGUUUAGUGCCCACUAUAGAGGUUCUCUAUUUAUUGGCCACUUCAGUAGUUUUUCAUCCAGUAUUCCUUCCAGUAAUUCUGCUAAUUUUGAAACAAACAGAUUGGACCAGUUAUGUUGAUCCAAUGACCCCUAAAGUGGCCACUUUUUAGUGGUCUAGUAGAAGUACUUAGACUUUUAUAGUGGCCACUACUUUUUAACCCCUCAAGUGGUCACUAAUUUGACUACUACAGUGGCCACUAAAACGUCAAAACCCUAUAGUGGCCUCUAAAAAUUUUUCCAGGUUUAGUCGAUUUAUCGAGACUUGAAAGGGAAGACUGGGAAGGGUGACGCGUUGCGUACGCGACGCGGUUUUUGGCGGGAACUCAAGUCCACAAGUAAAAAUGUAAAAAAAAGGUUUUUAUUCUUUUUUUCAUUCAACUGAACCAUGGAGUAUUUAAAUUCAUUGGAAAUUGUCAAAAAAGUCGGCUCGCGUCUGACUUCGAGUUCCCUGCCAAGCCGCGUCGCGUACGCAACGCGUCACCCUUGUGACGCGUCAGAAAGGAUUGACUUUAUUUUUCUUGAUUUUAAAAUUGUAAAAUAUUUCCUCUUAACAAAAAUUAUCUCCUUUUUUGUUCCUCUACCUAUUUUGACCUUGAAUCUCGUAAUUUUCUGGUUAUAUUUUCAAUUCCUACAGAGAAACCUGAGUAUGGACCUUCUGAGGCCUUCCUUCGAGGAGCCUAAUCUGCGGCUGAUGCGCGGUCCUGCGGUUCGUCAUUUUUAGUUUUUCUAUAGCCUUUUUUUCCAAGUAGAUCAUUCUGAAAAUCUAAUAUGAAUCUUGAGAAUCAGUUUUCUUCCUUUUUUGCUUCAAAGAGAACCUUUCACACUGAUAAAAAAUAUAUUUUUCCGAAAAUCCAGACUUCGGACGACGACGACGGCGAGUUGAGCCCGUCGGAAAGAAGACGUUACAAAGCCUACACGGUCAUGCAAAAGUCCGGGUUCCAACAUACAGAGUGAGUGGAUUUUAACAAUAGAAAAAUAUCAACAUGGAGUUUUUGAGAAGAUUUUGAUAAGGAAAUGGUUUUAAAAAAAUUAUGAAGAACAGCUUGAACGUAGAAAGUUGAUCUUUAAUCAAAAAUUUUCAACAUUUCGGUGGGAAAACGUAAUUAAAUCAAAAAUGAGAAAUUCAAACAAGUUUAGUGGAAGCUUUUUUUUAAGAAAUAAUAAAUUAGGCCAUAUCUAGCUUCAAGAGCCUCCCAGAGGAGGUGAUUUUACUUUAAGAUUUCGGGUUUCCUGAAAUUUUUCCUGAAAAAUUAGAACUUUUUGGGUUUUUAAAGGAUAGUAGUCGUUGAAAUAUUCAUCUAGACUUUCAGAGAUAUUUUGUGAAAAUCCUAAGGAAACUCCAAAUUUCAAGAAGAUCUUCCGGUAGUUUUUCAAACCAACUGUAGGCCAUUUUUCGCGAUUAGAGAGAGCUUGAUUUCUCUGCGCCCUCCACGUCUCUCGGCCACUCUCUCAUGUUCUCAUGAUCUUUUUGUGUCUCUCCUACCUCUCCGGCGAGAGAUUAGAGAGACGCAGGCGAGCAAAUCAUAACUAAUCUCUCAAGCCGUGUUCAAAGUGACUCCGCGAAAAUAACCGUCAGAGAAAGAAAAAGAUAACUAACAUGGAAGGUCAUUUUUGCGUAGGGGUCUGGAAUUUUUAAUAAAUUUGCUCAGAGGAUCUUUGAUGGUUUGGGAAUCGAUCCCGCAUAGUCGCUAUCUGCGCAAACUUUUCGUUCUGGAGAUAUGAUUUUUCAAAGUAUUCCUCCUUAAACACGUGACACUGUUCGGUAGGAAAAUGUCCGCAGCACAAGUCAUUGCAUGGCAGCUAGGAGCGUGGUGCAGUGGCUAGCGCAGUAGCCUGCGAAGCCUAUGACGAAGGUUCGAAUCUUUUUGGCGCUUCGUUUCUUGCCAUUAAUUUUUUUGACGGAUCAUGAUGAACAUGUCCACAUUUCAUGAAUAAAAACGUUCCAAACGGACAUUUUCCUACCGAACAGUGUCACGUGUUUAAGGAGGAAUACUUUGAAAAAUCAUAUCUCCAAAACGAAAAGUUUGCGCAGAGAGCGACUAUGCGGGAUCGAUUCCCAGUCCAUCAAUGAUCCUUUGAGCUAAUUCAUGGAAAAUUCCAGACCCUACGCAAAAAUGACCUUCCAUGUAAAUUUUGGAGAAUCAGAGACAAUUUGCAUUUCGCGGAAAUUACGGCAUCACUGAACUAUUUUCCAGAUACGUCCAAAUCAUGAUCAACCUGUGCCGAGCGGAGAUUCUCAUCUCGCUGAGCUUCAUGAUCCACGGAAUAACCUGUCCGGGCUACCCGGACGAGGCCGAAUACCAGAGCACCUGUCACAUGAACUCGGUUUCGGCGAUCGUCGGCCUGUUCACCGGGGCCUUGGGUCUCGGCGCAGUCCAUCGGUAUCGAUGGAGGACGAUGCUCAUCGUCUGGCUCGUCUGCUGCAUCAUUUCCUCGGUCGGCAACUUGCUCGCCGUCAUCACCACGGGAGUUUGGCUCGAUCACCUGUCCAAGAUGAAGAACCGCACCGGGCUCGUCAAUGGGCUUUCCGGCUUCAUGUUGCUCGGAUCUGUGGCUCUUGGUGAGUUUAUGGUCUUGGACAACGAUCCAAAGGAAGAAAAUUUCGAGAACUUGAGGAAAAGUUUUCAGACAGCCUCUGUAGCGCGGAGUUUCGGUAAUCGAUUAUCAUGAGCUCUGAGAUCAAAUAACAAAAGGAAGACUCUGAUCUUUUUUUUCGAAUUUCAAGCUCCAAAGAGCAGGGCUCGCCGAAACAAGCUAUAACAACCGAGGGACUUUUUUGAUCGUCUUUGGGAUGAAUUUGUGAUAAAAAUUGGCUGAAGAUGCCAAAAUAAAUUUUUUUUAAAGUCCGCAAAUUACAGGGAGAGCUUUAUUUGAGUGUUUUGAGGUCCCGUAACUUGAAAAUUAGAUCUCUAGCAAGUGAUUUUUUUUCUCCCGAAAAAACUACAUGCAAAUAUGAUUGGAAGUUCAACCAGGGACUGAAAAAGCGCUUGUUAGGAUGGAUAGUAGAAUUGUGGAAAGGAAAGCGUAGAAUUAUGAGAUCCAGAAUCACAAGAGUGGACAAAAAUUAAGAAAGAAUUUUCGAAAUCCUUAAUUUUUCCAAGCUUCAAUGAAACACGACUGUAUAAUUUACUAUUUAUCUAAAUUUGAGUGGUUCUAAUUUUUUUAAAUUCUCACUCUACCGACCGAAAAAUAACAUAAUUCUGGAUGAAUUUAUCAGGAUUUUUCUUAUUUUUUUUCCUCCUCGACGUAAAAUACCAUUCCCACAAGUUCUCCGAGAUUUUCGAAAAGCCAUCGGUGCAAACAUUUCAUCUUUAUAGAAAGUAAAAAAACUCGUUGAAACCCCGCCCACUUUCAGGCUUACUGUAGAAACAAUACCGUAAAAACCAAAAUUUUUUCCUAGUGGUGCAAAAUGGUCCAAACCUAUUUUUAAAAAAAAUGCGCUCCUAUAUUAACAUAUCUAGUAUUAGAACAGACCAGAAAAAAAUCGUUUAGAAGAAAAAAAUAAAAUUUUUUUUUAAAACGACGAUUUUCGUAGUUUUUGAGCCAUAACUAGUACUAGAACCCCCGAAUGCCUGGAUUUUUAUUUUUUUUAAUCGACGCAUUAGGGUCUUGUGAGUAGUCAGUAAAAAUGAAGCGCUCAGAGUUAAAAAAAAAGAUUAUUUUUCAGGAGUUUGCUUCAUACUGACGGCCGUAAUGAUCUGCCAUUACUGGAACUCGAAUUCGCCCAAAUACCAGCCAGUUGGAAAAGUCGCGGUAACAUCUCCCGAUUUGAUUAUUUAACUUCCUCUAACGUCUUCAGAAGCGGACGAAAAGCCUGCGACGUCGUCUGAGCCGCGUCAAGAGCGGCGAGAAGAAAGACAAGGGCUAUCACAUUGUUUGA